UUCGUCUCAAAGCCUCUCAAGAGAUCGUAAUUGCAUCGACAAUGGCAGAUAUCCCUCGCUUCAAUUCCCACACACAUUCGACGGAAGCAAAUACUGCAAGAGACGGUGAGAUGAACGAUGGCUCGGACCAGAACUCUACAAGCCGGUCCGUAACUAGCCAUCAAAUAAACGAAGGACCGAAUUCAUCGACCGGUGCUAGUGUAUACAAUUUUUCUUAUUACGCGUCGGGAAUCCAUCCUUCAGUCGAACCAAGCCGUCCGCGGAUUCGACGUCAAGGAGGUGAGACGGAUAAUGAGGAGGCGAAUAGUGGCUCCGACCGAAACUAUACAAUAUCUUUGCGUUCUAGGCCUAGGGGAGUUCACAUCUUGCUGUCUCCGCCUUCCACAAAUGGAGCGCCUAUUUGGGAAGUGGUGAACACAAGGAGUACGAUCUGUACGGGAUGCGGACAUGAGGGGUUUCCGUCCGUUGUUGACGGGUUUUUGUACUGCCAACAAUGCGGAUCUCCAGCUACCAUCAGCAAUGGCGGCGGUUGGAUAGAUGAAGAUUCGGACGACGAGAUAACGAGUUACGAGGAGUUAGUUGAACUGCAGGAGAGGCUCGGGAAUGUCGGCUCCGGACUUAGCGAUAAAACCGUCGAAGAGCUCCUGUCUCGGUACAAGUAUCAGUACAGCGAAGAGAUUUGUUGUAUCUGUCAGGAAACAUAUAAAGCGGGGGAGGAUGUGGUGAAACUGGAAUGCCGUCACAUGUUUCAUUACAGCUGCAUCAAACGCUGGCUCACGACCAAGAACUCGUGCCCUCUUUGCAAGAACGUCGCUCUCAAGAAAGACAGUUGAUUGCCUUAUAUAUAUAUUAAUUAAUCCAAGAAUGUUUUAUUUUAUUUUAUUUUUUUAUUUUUUUGGUAACGGGUAUUUUAUUUUAUUUUGGUGGUAGAGAUGAUCACUA